CCCCUCCAUCAACUGUCAGUUUGAAAUGAAUUGAAGCUAUUGAUUUGCUCUUUUUCAAUCAGCAACUUUAUUGAUCUGCUGCUUUAAAUCAUAAACUUUAUUGAUCUGCAGAGGAGUUCCAGGUAGACGUGCUGUUUCACCUGUUCAGCUGGAUGUAUCUUUGUGUCUGUGUGUCUCUGCAGACAUUAUGUCGUCCGUUAAACCCAGAUCGUCUCUGCGAUCUUUGGUUCUGACUCCGGACCGGAUCCCGAGCUUCUUCAUCCUCUCCAGCUUGUCUCCGCAGCCUCAGCGGGCCGAACCAGACCGAAUCAGGCUGCUGUCCGACCAUGAUGAGGCCCCGCCCACCCCCGCCUCCUCCCACCGGCACCUGCUCCGUCCUCGCCACGGCCACAGCCCCGCCGAGUCAGCAGACACGGACCUGACAACCCGGGCGGCCAUGUCUCUGUCACAUGUCCCGAAGGUGACGACUCCUUACGGCUUCAGCGCCGCGCUGGCUGCGAGCCCGUGCACGAACCGGAGGGAGUCACUGUUUCACCGGAACAGACCGGUGAUGGUGACGGUGACCGAGCCGCAGGAGGCGGCGGACCCGUCUCCCUCUGGUUCUAGUCCCAGCGGGACCCGGUCCUGCUUCCAGCCUGUUAAAGCUCUGGGUUUGCAGGUGAUAAAGGAGCUGAGGAGACCUGCUGCUGCUCUGAAGGCUCUGAGUCCUGCAGCCCGAAGGACCGCCCACCGAUGACAUCAGCAGACACACCUGGCAGGUGGAACAGGUUCAGCAGCUGCUGUUUUAAAAUCACAUUAACAUAAAAUAAAGUGUUUUAAUACAAA